CCAGCCAUUGCUACUCUGAAAUCGCUCACUGCAUUCCUCGCCCUUGUCGCUUCAGUCCUCGCGCUUUUCACUGUUCUAGAGCACGACAAGUCCGUAGGAAUGGCGUCCGCGGUUGCUUCGUCUGUAGUGGCCCCCGUCUCUCUGGCCGCAGCCUCGCCUGCUGCCGUCUCCCGCGACUCUACCUCCGUCAAGGCCUUCUCUGGUCUGAAGUCGGCUACCUUGUUCUCUUCCCAGGCUCAGACCUUGAGCUCCGUGCAGAAUGGCAGCCGUGUGCAAUGCAUGCAGGUGUGGAACCCGAUUGGACAGCCCAAGUUCGAGACCUUCUCGUACUUGCCCCCACUGACCGAUGAUGAGAUUGCCAAGCAGGUGGACUACAUGAUCCAGCAGAACCUGAUUCCCUGCAUCGAAUUUGACACGGUUGGAUCCGUGAGCCGCACCAACUUCUCUGGCGCAGGCUCCUCGGGCUAUUACGACGGUCGCUACUGGACCAUGUGGAAGUUGCCCAUGUUCGGGUGCACCGACUCAUCCCAGGUGUUGAGGGAGAUCCAGGAGUGCAAGACGCAGUUCCCCAGCUGCUGGGUCAGAGUCUUGGGAUUUGACAGCAAGAAGCAGGUCCAGAUCUGCGGCUUCUUGGUUUCCAGGCCCAACUAGAUACUUCAGUCGAGGCCAUGAUAUUGUGUAGACUCCGCUUGGAUCCUGAUACCACAGAGAGACAGCCUAUUGUUCGGCGGUUUUUGUCUGCAGUCGUGUGCAUUAUUUUUGAAGCUUCGCAGUAAACUCACGGGUUCAACUCUCAA